UUUUUAAAAAUGAAUAAUAAUAAUUCAACCCCUACACCCACUAGUACAUCAACCAUUGAUGAAAUUGAAAUGCUAGAAGAGCCAUUAAAUAUUUCAGAAUAUUAUGAGGGUGUUAGUGUAUUGAUAACAGGCGCUAGCGGCUUUUUAGGCAAAGUGUUGCUGGAAAAGUUGGUUUUCUCCCAACCCAAACUAAAUAAAAUAUAUUUGCUUCUACGCCCGUUGAAUGGUGAAGCACCGCAUUUAAGACUGUCAAAAAUACUUGAAAGUCCAUUGUUUAGCCGAAUACGUUGCAAGGAUGAGAAUAGACUUGAAAGAAUGCUUGUGCCUAUAUGUGGGGAUUUAAUGCAAGAAGAUUUGGGGAUUAGUUGUGAAGAUCAAGAAACGCUAGCUAAUGAAGUUUCUAUUGUUUUUCACUGUGCAGCAACGGUAAAAUUUGAUGAAGCAUUGCGUGCUUCUAUUCAAAUGAAUGUAAUAGGAACUCAGCGAUUGACUGCGCUUUGUAGACGAAUGAAGCAUCUUAGAGCAUUUGUCCACACAUCAACAGCAUAUGCUAAUUGUAAUAAAGAAUAUACUUCGGAACAUAUUUAUGAACCUUGUGUUAAUGCUUCUAAAUUAGUUGAAGCAGCAAGUAGUUGGAUGAAUGAAAAAAUGCUUGAUUCCCUUUCUGCUCAAUUACUUGAUAAUCGCCCAAAUACUUAUACUUUUGCUAAAGCGUUAGCAGAGAGUCAGUUGCUAGAACAACAAAAACAAUUUCCUUCCCUCCCAAUAAUAAUUAUUCGCCCUUCCAUUGUUGGUGCUAUAUGGAAGGAACCUCUUCCCGGAUGGAUUGAUAAUGUUAACGGACCCACAGGGAUAUUUAUUGGAGUUGGGAAAGGGUUAUUAACUGAUAUGUGUGGAAAUGUGGAUAUAAAAACAGAUAUUAUUCCCGUUGAUAUAGUUGCUAAUAUGUUGAUUGCUGCUGCUGUUUAUAGAGCUAAAAUGCCGAAUAAUAAAGAAAAUAAUGAAAAAACAACGACAAUACCAAUAAUACAUUGUACUUCAGGCGAAUUAAAUCCGUUAAAGUGGAGAAGAAUUGUAAACUAUUUGGAGCAGUUUUUCCACGCAUAUCCUUUUGAUCAGUGCUACAGGGUUCCUUCAACACAAUUUCAUCGUCAAAGAAAAAUAUUUUUGAUAAAUUUUUAUUUGAAACACUAUUUAAUUGCCCAGGCUGCCGAUCGUGCCUUUAAAUUAGUUGGAAAGAGACCAAAAUUUUUUAAAAUAUACAACAAAAUAUGGAGGAUGAUGGAAACUUUGCAUUAUUUUACUACACGUGAAUGGACUUUUGAAUCGAAAAAUGCUGUUAAGUUGUGGAAUGGAAUGAGCAUGGAGGAUAAGAAGUUGUACAACUUUGAUAUUCGCAAAGUUGAUUGGGAUACCUAUUUAUUCAACUAUUUAAUGGGGAUUAAGAUUUAUAUGUUAAAAGAACGCCUGGAAAAUUUACCAAAAGCGCAAGCGGCACUUUCUUGGUUAAGGCAAUUUAAUUUUUAUUCUACUGGACUUUGUCUUGCUUUAAUAUUACGCUUCACAAUAUGGCGUCGACAGAAAAGGCAUAAAUGGAUCCCUUGGUUUACUGGAUUUUUCCUCUCCUAUUUUUACCAAAACUAUAAUAUUCUAAGGAGACCAUCUGCAGAUUUAAUUCCACUAGAAGAAUAUAAACGUCAAUCUAUCCCACAUUAUUUGGAGAAAUUUUCAUAA